UAGGUUAUUUCCCGGUCAAUGUGAACCCUUAACUCCAUUUCCAUACAAAUCACAUUUUAGGAUGAAGAUUGCAGUAGAAGGCUGUUGUCAUGGAGAACUGGACAAGAUUUAUGAGACAAUAGAAUUUAUUGAAAAGAAGGAAAAUUUCAAAGUAGACUUGCUGCUAAUAUGUGGCGACUUCCAGUCUGUAAGAAAUAAGAGUGAUCUACAAUGUAUGGCUGUACCUCAGAAAUACCAACGAAUGAACACAUUUUACAAGUAUUACUCUGGGGAGAAAGUGGUCCCUGUUCUCACUAUAUUUAUCGGAGGCAAUCACGAGGCAUCUAACUACCUACAGGAACUUCCAUAUGGUGGCUGGGUGGCCCCUAAUAUAUACUACAUGGGCUAUGCCAAUGUGUUGAAGUUUGGUGGUGUAAGAAUAGGUGGAAUAUCCGGGAUUUACAAGGGUAGAGAUUUCAACAAAGGCCAUUUUGAACAUCCUCCAUAUAAUGAAGAAUCUAAGCGAGCUGCCUACCAUAUCCGUAACUUGGAAGUGUUUAGACUAAAACAGUUGACAAAACCCAUAGACAUAAUGAUGUCACAUGAUUGGCCACGUGGUAUCUAUGACUACGGGAACACAUCACAGCUGCUGAAAACUAAACAGUUCCUACGUGAAGAAAUUGAAUCUGGAAGCCUGGGAAGUCCACCAGCAGAGGAAUUGUUGAUGAAGCUACAACCACAAUACUGGUUCUCGGCACAUCUUCAUGUCAAGUUUGCGGCCAUUGUACAACACAAGGCUCUCAACGGUGAAGAGAAGAUUACCAAGUUCUUGUCUCUAGACAAGUGCUUACCACGAAGAAAAUUUUUACAGAUAUUGGAUAUACCACACGACCCUCAGGAGCCUCUAAAGCUACAGCUAGACACUGAAUGGCUCAGUAUCCUCAAACUAACUGAUCACUUACUCAGUCUAAAAAGGGGCAACAUCUACAUGCCUGGUCCAGGCAGCCAGUCAAGAUGGGAAUUCAAACCUACUGUUGAAGAAGAAAACAGAAUUUUGGAAGAUUUCGGUGGGGAUUUAUUAAUUCCAGACAACUUCCAAAAAACUGUUGAUGUGUUUGACCCAAACCAAGGCAAAUGUAAAGUCAACCCUCCCGUGACAAUGGUAAACCCACAAACUACCCUACUGUGUGCCAUGCUUGACAUCACAGACCCAAACGCUGUUUUUCUUGGACAAGACUCCAGUAAUCUUCUGGACGUCUCUGGGGAAGGGGCAUGUGAUGCUGAUGAUGACGAUGUAGAUGACGAUGAAGAAACAGAAUUUGACAGUGAGCCUAGUUUUGUGUCUUUUGUAGACAGUGAUCAGAGCUAUAGUAGCUUGCUUUCGUCUGGCAAUGCUGAAGACAGUAUCAUGUCCUUGGGUACGACCGGUGAUCUUUCUUAUGAUAUUCGUGAUCCUGUUAAAAAUUUAUCAUCAAGUAUCUUAACAAAUCCAGCCGAGAUUUCUCUGUCAGAUGAAGAGGCAGAAUUUAAAGCUAUUAUAGAAGCUCAGAAAAAAGAUAACAAAGAAUCCACAGAAAGGACAAAAGUUGUGAGUGUUGAUGAGGAUGAGGAUGAAGAAGAUGAGUUCAAGGCCAUCAUGGCAGCACAAAAAGAACACUCUUUGUCUGUAGAUCAGUUAACGGGACCAACUCUGUCAUUGCGACCUUUGACCCAGUCAAGUCCUGCAAGUAGUGAUGAAAGAAGUGACUCUGAGGUUACCCGAAAAACAAACAGCCUCGCGUUGAAUACAAGCAAACGCGCAGAUGGUUCGGAAAGUGAAGAUAGCCCUCAAUCUAAAAAGUUCAAACGAAGGAACCAACAGAUUUAUAAGUCAGAAUCAGGAGAUGAGGAAACAGCAUAUUGUUAAUAUUGAUAUCAGAAUGUGACGGAGAAGUCAGUUUCAUCAGGCUGUUGUAGUGUUUGUUAUCAUUUACUUACAGUCCAGCUUCUGUGUAUAACACGAAAAUUCAGCUUUGUAUUUACUUUACAUGGUUUUCAUGGUGUAGACUGGAACUAUGUUUAUUUUUAGUAAAUACAAAAAUCAUGAAUGGAUUCAAGCUCAAACACACAUGCAGACCCUAUGACUUUUUAUCAAUGAAAUAGCCUCUAAAAGACUAACCCCCAAAUAUGAAAUACCCUUUUGUGUGCAAUGUUGGAUAUUACAAAGCAAAACAGAAAUACCUGGUACAUGUAUCAUGUUUUUCCUGUGAUAAGCUACAGGAAGCCAGACAUUACCUCUGACUCGAAGUCAAGGGGUUGACAUAAAACAUGUGUGGGCUUAUGACCAGGUAUGGGCUUAAUGCCAAAUAUAGAAUACUUCCAUGUAUAUUUUGUAUGAAAUUAUAUUAAAUGCAAGAACGAUAAGCUUUCACAUCAUAAGAUGUUUCAAGAAUUCUGUCAGAUAAUAUAUAUAAGAUGCUGUUGUAAUCAGUCUUAUGAGAAAAGGCUACCUCCAUUGCUGUAGUAGACACUAUUUCCUAGGAUAUUUUGCUCAUAUUUUAGUAAAAAUAAAAUUUCGUGACAUACUCAUUUAAAAUUUGUUUUCAUAAAGUUACAUGUACCUGAUGUAUGUAGAAUUCUUUGAAGUCUGAUAUGUAGUAAUGUUUUUUCUGUUGCCCAGCUUUAUUGUAUGAAAGCUGGCCAGUUCUUUUCUAAUGUUCAAUAAAUUUUUUAGUCGUGCAAUGGCUGUCUCCUCUGAUCAAAAUCUUCACCUUCAUCGUUUAGUAUUCUCAAUUCUCCAAAAGCAUUUCAAAACAGUCCCCUCACUUCAGGCAAUUUUCUCCUGUUCUGUAUGUAAUCAUGGUAUUAUUUUAUUUUGACAGGGUUUGAAGUAACUAAAUUUCUUGUAUCCACACAUAAUUUUUCUUUCAAGUAUUGGGUUAUUUCUUGACUUUAAACAUAUUAUUUUCACUGCUCCGCAUCAUUACGUGUGAAGAAAAUACAGUAUAUCUGUCUGAUUACACCUCUCUGUAAAAUAUGUAGCGGAGAGAUAAUGUCGUUUUUACUUCAGAAUAAACAAUAAUAUGACCAUCUUUCAAUAAUUAUAUUUCACCUCUGAUUCAAUAUUGAUAUUAAUUUUUCAUGUAAAAGACAAGGUUAAAGGGUCGAAGUUCACAAUUUAUUACUUUCAAAAUAGUAAGCUUCUACUGUGUAUAAUUAUUUCAAGACAACAACUUCGCGUAAAAUGAUUAAGACUUUAUUGGAAUUAUUAUGACAGAAUGCCUAUGACAGUUGAAAUCUACUACAUUAAAUUCCAAGCCAA